AUGUGGACUUCAAGAGAGCUCUGGAAAUGGGAGAAACUGCAAUUUGAGUGGUCUGAUAAACGAACAGGUAAAGACAAAAAGUCGUUUCUAUUUUGUCACGUGGGAAGCGGUUACCCCGCGAUUCCCAGAUCACCACCCUCGGGAAAGCUUCGGCACCCGGGCGUUGAGAACCGAAUAAUCUCCGUCGACCGCUCCAUCGGCUUCUCAAAGCUCCGCUCUAGGAUUUCGGAUAUUUUCCCCACCUCCCGCUCUCUUUCCUUCUCCAUCAAAUACCAGCUCCCCCAAAGCACCUCCACUGACGCCCCUAUCCUCGUCUCCGUCGCCUCCGACGACGACGUUCACUGCAUGAUGGAAGAGUACGACAAGCUCGAGCUCUACGGUAAGCAUACCAGGCUUUGGCUCUUCGUUAGUACCGAUGAUAAUGACAACGCCAAUGGAUUUGAUGAGGUGGGAGGUAAUUUUCUUGGGAGUUGUACGGAAAGUGACUGUGCGUGGGGGAAAAAGGGGGUUUGUCGUGUGAAGAGUGUCAGUGGUUUUGAGGCCCCAAGCUGUGAGAGUGAGAACCAUAUUUCUGGAGGAGGUCAGUUCGAUGGUAAGGUGGCCAAGAAUGUAGUGAAAUAUGGAGAUGAUUCGCUUCGGAAAAAGGUGUUGAAACAACAGUUGUUAGCAAAACAUUCGGAUUUUAUUGAUGGGACCGCAUGUGGUAUUUCUAGUUGGGAGAACCAGAAAUGUGAUCCACCAUUGAUAGAUCUGGCCCCUGAGCCCCAAGUUUCAACGAGAUGUAAUAGUAUGAAUCGUGGUUUUGAGGACCGUUACAGAGUGGAUAUGCAAGAUAAUAAAAUAGGGAGCAUCAAAUUGCCGGAGAGUGAGAACUAUGGGAAUCCACUGGAGUUUCCGGAUUCUCACUUGCAUCCUCUGUAUCAAUGUGUGGAGACUAGCAGUUCUAUGCCCUUUUUUUCAGGGCAGUAUAGACUUUUAGGGUGUAACGGGGUUGGGGUGAAUGCUGCGGUCUCUAGUCAGACAGUUGCAACCGCAGGAAGAUUUUCAAGGCAAUCGAAUGGUCCCUGUAUGGGUUUGACUUGUAAUGGUAGCAACGCUAGUCAAGAGUUGGGGAAUAUUGAGCAGUCUCCGAGGAGUAUAUUGAACAGGGAGAACAUAAUGCCAAGGGAGGCCAAUUGGCAUUUGUGUAAUGAUCAUUGGCUUAGGAGUGCUUAUCCUCUGAGGUCUUCGUGUAUAGGUGAAAGCUUUUCGGGUGGCUUACAUCGUGGCAUACGUAACCAUAGGUUUGGUGUAUAUGAUACUAUAAAUCAGCAAGUUAGUUCAUACCAUGUACGUAACCACAGGCACAAUCCAGUCGAGAUGGGUAACCAUCGGACUGUUAAAUUGGAUGGAAGAAUUCCCGUGGGGAAGUUCUACCAUGGGCUGAGACCGAAUUCGAACAUCUCAAAGCAGGGUCAGUCUCUGAGGGUUUAUUAUCCCAAUUUUUUGAAACCGUGGUCUGGUUUCUCUGACCAAGCAUUGGAAGGAAGGGCAAACACGAUGGAUCCUGUCUUCAAUGAAGAGACUCCAUCUCUUAAUGUCCAGUAUGGAAAUGAGAAAUUAAGAGAGCACGAUGGCCCUGAAAUUUCACAAUACAGAGAUUGCAAUCCUGAGGAAUCUCAUUUAGCUUACCAUGGUCCAUGUGCCCGUAUUGAGAGUCCUUUGUCACCUGUGAUAACUGUUGACGGUCGGGAAAUUCUCUCCGCUUGUUCUAAUUGUAUGGAACCAUAUCAAGCUCUGUUUGAAAAUUUUCAUGGAGUAUCCGCAAGUUGGCAGCCCCUUGAUUGUGAUCUUGAGAAGGAGCCGCUCCUUAUUGAUGAACAGAAGUUGAUCAACAUCUCAAGUCUUACAAAUAACACAGGUUACAGCAAUGAAACAGAAUUCGGGUGCAAUAAUAAGCUACAAGGUGUGGAAGCAGGCAUUAGCUCAUUGAGCAGUUACAGAAAUGGCGCUGAUAACUUUCAAGGUGGAGUUGCAUCUUCUAUGGAUGUUUGUUUUUAUAACAUUUCAUUGUCAUCAUCCCGAGAAAUCGAACAUUCUGCUUUCUUGUCUCAUGCUACCAGCAAUGUUAUUGACGACUUGCUAAUACCUCGAUCAAAACCUGUGGAUCUUAUGGGUGAAGGACAAUUAAGCACCCAUCCUCAAGUUGAUGAAUCAAAUGGAUUUGCACCUAAUUCUUCCUCGCAGAAUAUUGAAGACAAAAUGGCUAAGGAUCAUGUCAAUGAAGAUGAUGUUCACCGAUACCCUUCAUCUGGUUCAAGUGUUGAUGAAAAUGCUGACAACAAUGAAAGUCGCAAGUGCUCUAAGGUAAUUGGUGGAAUCCCUAGUGAGCUGGCUGUAUUUUAUACUCAUCUAGCCAGGAGAGAGCUUCAGACUAUUAGAAAUACCGACCUUGAAUAUAUAAAGGAGCUUGGUUCAGGCACAUAUGGAACUGUUUUCUAUGGAAAAUGGAAGGGGUCUGAUGUUGCCAUUAAGAGGAUAAAGCCAAGUUGCUUCACUGAAGUCUCCUUGGAAAAGGACCGAUUGGUUGCAGACUUCUGGAAGGAAGCUCACGUCCUGGGUGAGCUUCACCAUCCAAAUAUUUUGGCAUUUUAUGGAGUAGUUACAGACGGACCCAUGACAAAUUUGGCAACAGUGACAGAAUACAUGGUCAGUGGUUCCCCGAAACAAGUUUUACGAAGAAAAGAUCGGACAAUUGAUUGUAGGAAGAGGCUAAUUAUAGCACUGGAUGCGGCCUUUCGUAUGGAAUAUUUACAUGGGAAGAAUAUUGUCCACUUUGAUUUAAAAUCUCACAACUUCCUUGUCAAUAUGAGGGACCCUCAUCGACCAGCGUGUAAGAUUGGUGAUCUGGGCUUAUCGAAAAUUAAACAAAGGACGCUUGUAUCUGGUGGAGUACGAGGAACUAUACCAUGGAUGGGUCCAGAACUUUUGAAUAGUGACGGCAGAAUGGUUACCGAAAAGGUUGAUGUCUACUCAUUUGGAAUAGUCAUGUGGGAAAUCUUGACGGGGGAGGAACCCUAUGCAAACUUGCUUUCAGAGGAAAUAAUAGCUGGCAAAAUUAAAGGCAACCUACGACCUGAAAUUCCAAGCUGGUGUGACCCCACAUGGCGAUCAUUGAUGGAGAGGUGCUGGUCAUCUGAUCCCGACUCUAGGCCUGCCUUUUCAGAGAUUGCAAAGGAGCUACGCACUAUGUCAGCAGCCAUGAAUUAGGUUUUGCAAAUUUUGUAAAUAUUCUAGGAUCAUCAUCGGUAACGGGGUGGCAUGGCAUGCCGUGACAUGGUUAAUUUUGCCGUCCAAAGUCAUGUCUGCUCUGCUAAUAACUCUUCCUUAGGGUAAAUUAAAUCAAGCCAGUUGUUAUUUUUUCAGAAACUGGUGUUAUAGGGAGUGUAUAGGCAGAAGUUGAUGUUCGUGAAAAUAAGAGCUAUGUAGUUUGGUUUAAUUUUGACUAUUUACUCAUCACUGAACAGGCAAGACCAUGACUGAGUUUGUAUUUUUUUAUUUUUGG